AUGUUCCCAACCGGUGAGGAAGAGGCCGUGGGCAACUAUAUUUCCUUACAGAGAUCGAAAGAGCAAGAGCUUCAAAACCUUAUCCAAAAUGCCGGCGAAUAUCCACCCCACAAUCCUGGUUUUUACGGCGUGCUCCCGUCUUUGUCAAAAAUAGUCAAACUCUGCCUGGAAAAUGGGAAGGCCAUUGCAAACCUUGAAGAGCUGGAGAAUGAGGCGUUGAAACAGUUCAAGGAAUUAGAAAAGCCGGACUUCGAGUUUCUACAUGUUGCUUUAACGCCUCUACAACAACAACAGCAAAUCCCUCGGCAUGCUCCUGGACUGGUCUUUUACUGA